AUGGAAGAAGGGGAAUGGACAUUUUUUUACAAUAUUGAUGAGGUAGGUGACACUACAAGAGCUGAAUUCUGGACAUGAUUGUUUCCACUAAUUUUGAAUGUGGCCAAUAUACACAAUCCAAUACCAUUGGCGUACGAGAUACGUGAACGCUGAAUUUACCACUGCUGCGCCCCUCCCCCUCCCCCCGCCCGCCCCCUUAAUUGUUGUUCGGGCAGCGUGUACUUACAAGAAGCGAGACCCUGAACCAAGAUGACCAAGAAGCGAAGUUCAUAUAUGCACCAGAUUUUGCUUUCCUCGGACGUAGGGACCUUCCCCACCAACUUAAACAGGUAGGACCAGGGAUCUAUUCCAGUAAAGCUGGGAGUCUUUUAGCACAUGUUAAGUGGCACUGCGUAGCGUAUUAAGUUAGAAAUCUUAUACGAUUUAGGACUGCAACGGCCACCAAUAGUAAUUUAUUUAAAGUCAAUAGAUAGUGAGUGAUUACUCAAUCUCCCGAGCCAUAGGCUCAUGUUAAAAAUGCUCGUUUAUUUACUCUAUGGGUGACCACAUGUACAAAUUUGAAACAAAGUAAGAUCCAAUACAAUAAAUCAUUGAAAAUAAUUGAAUAAUUACAAUAUAUGAAUAAUUGAGACAUUGUCUUCGCUCUGUUUGCAACGCCCAAUCACAGAUUUUCACGUCUUACGCAACGGCUGCAUUUCAAGCCUCAACAUGUCAACUUCAAACCGGGUUCAACAGAACUUUUCCCAAACAUAAAACUCAUGUCUUCAACUUCGAAGACUGUUUUAAAUUCACACGAUUGAUAAUAUACCACGAAUUAGCUUUACCACCAUUUAUUUGAAUGAUUUUAUUUUGCCCGUCGUCGUCGCGUUGCCGUCCUAAAAUCGUAUCGUCUCUAAUAAUUCAAAAAGGAAGAAAUAUGCGCGUUUCCGAAUUAAUCUCUUAGAUGAUAUUUGGAACACCUUUUAAGUUGUCCCUCCCGUACGUCGAUGUGGUGAAUGUUGUUAUAAAUGAAUUUAUUAAUUAACGAAGAGACAAUGUUUUUUUAUCUGAUUUGCAUGAGGCAGGACUCAGAACUAAAAACCCAUAUUAUUAGUGUUGCGAUUUAAUUACAUACGUCUCCAAUAUUGUCCUAUCUCACUAGUCAUGACAAUUUGUCACGACUUGUGAAAUGACAUUUCGUCACGACUUGUGAAAUCAAUUGCAACGAAUCGUCACAAGAUAUGAAUGGGAAACCUAGAAUCGGAUUACAUGAGGUUACUACAAAGUGUGCUUACGUGGGUCGAGCUCGCCGAAAUUCGUCACGAUUCGUGAAAUUAUAAAUAUAAAUAUAUAUGUUCGUUACUCGUCCUUCAAAACAGACGUGAUUUAUAAAUAUCAAAAAUGGUACAGAAUGCUAAAGACUUUCGAACUUAUGCCAUUUUUCAGAGAUGUUGUCAUUUCUAAUGACAGAAAACAUAUCAUAUAAAACAUUUUUGUAUGUGUGCUUGUGCUAUGUACUCAGGUGAAUAAUUAUGAUGUUUAAUUUUAUAACUCGAAACCGAUUUGACCUCGCAGCUCAGUUGGCAGAGCGUUGGACUAUCCCAAAAGUCGCGGGUUGGAUUCCCACCGUGGUCAGGCAAAUAUUACUGCUUUCCGGUGUGGAUGCACACUCAGGGUAACAUCACAAACAUCAUAGGCCUAUCAUUUGAUCACGUUAAAUAAAUGUUAUUGUAUUGUAUUGUAUUGUAUAUGAAAGUUCAAAUUCAGCUAUGUUCUAGUUUUUUUAAUAUUUAUCAAAUGAUUUUUAAGGUUAAUUUCUUUUUAACGUCCCUGUAAAUUGCCGCUUUUGAUCUCGAUAUUGUUUUAGUUUCAAACAAUGCGUUUUAUAUUGUAUUACAAGGAAGCCAAUAUCUUCAGAGAAAAUCUCAUUUAAUUAAUUAAGCAAAUGUAGUACUAAAACCGGCGAAACGAGGCCUUCACCAAAGGAGUUAUGUUAAAGUUAAUGGCCUGACUCAGUUUACCUAUUUAUAAUUAUACAAGCUAUAAACCAAUAUCGACAUCAUAAUUAAGCAGCAAUUUACAGGAACGUUAAAAAGAAAUUAAACUUAAAAAUCAUUGGAUCAAUACAAAAAAAAACUAGAUCAUAGGUGUGUUUGAAUUUUGAUGAAAAGGAAUAAAUUGACUUGCCGAUAUCUGCAUGGUCUCGUGCCAAUAUCUGCAUGUAUUGAAAACUAAGGUGCCUUGCACGAUACUCGAUCGACAAAAAAUUGUCUGAGAUUUGUGCGGCAAAAGGGAACCUAAAGUAAAUUGCAACUUCUUGUAUUAUAUAAUUAUUGACAAAGUUGAGUAGUAAAAUAAAAUGGGGCGAUUAUAAGCAAGUAAAACUUUUAUUUGCUUCCUAUAUCCGACUUAAUUGCUGCAUGUUUCGGAUUGGACUAAUUAUGUUCUGAAUAUAUAUUUAUUACAUGGGUGUAGAUCUGCCGGCUGGUUAAGCCAAAAAAAAUAUGUGGGUUUCCGGUUUCCCGUCCCUACCUAGCUUUUGGACGUCGAAAUCCCGAUCCUAAACUUUUUUAUUGGAUCGUGCUUGUAAGUGUUUCCACUUAGAGGAAAAAGUUUGUGGAAAAUUGAAAUUUGAGACAAUAUUAGGGAACUUUAUCUUUGGAUGUGGAAGCACUGACUAAACAAAAUGGCGUCCGCUUGUUCGGAAUAUUAAAAAAAAAAGUUUAAAAAAAAAGGUUAAAACCGACCUACCCUACCUAAGGUUUUAUAAGAAGAAACUGGAAACCCACAUAUUUGUUUUGGCCUUACUUGUACCGCAAUGAUUUCAUGAGCAUUUUUUUAUAAUUUUUAAGUUAUUUUUGUCUUAUAGAGAAAAAAUGAAAACAAGAAUGAAAGACCUGAAGGUUAGUAUUAUUGUACAUAUUUUACAAUCAUCUUCCUCGCGUGAUUUCAUUAUACUCCUCAACAUAAUCGUAAAAUGGAUUUUUUAUUUAUUGCAUCAAUGACUGCUUGAUAAUUACAAUCUCAUCUUUUCCCCUAUCAAGCUUUCACAAAUGAAUUUUCAUUCGUUAUAGACGACCGUCAACAUUCUGAAAGAUACAAUCUUAUGGCAUUUUUUGUUACAAGCUGUCAACUGCUAUUUUCUAGCUUACACAUUGGUGAACAAGAGUAUAUAUGUUGGCACCUCUGAUUUUGGCUUUAUAUUUAAAAAAUUCAGAAUUUUAAAAUUUUGCCUCAUGAAGUAGCCUAAUAUGUUGACUAAAAAUGCAAAAUUUCAAGUUUACUUUUCACAAAAAUAAUCUAAUCCAUUAUAAAGACCGCAGAAAAGUAUAUAUAAGACAUUUAGCGAGUAGUGUAAAUUUUCAAGCCAGUUUUGAGUAGCAAAGGAGCAUAAAGGUGGCAUCAAUUGGCGCAUUUUCCAGUGGUAAAAGCUCAAAAUUGGCAACAAAAAUCAUACUACACGCUUAAAUGUCUUAUAUAUACUUUUUUGCGAUCUUUCUACUGGUCUAGUUUGUUUUUGUUAAUUAAAUUAAAGUGAACUUGUAAUUUUGCACUUUUCUCAUCAUGGUACUUUUUAUAAGAAUAUUUCUGUUACGAGUUGCCAACAUGUCUAGCCUUGUUCGUUGAUGCAUAUACUCUACGAAAAUGUCAGUUGGCGGCUUGUAAAAACAAAUGCCAUCAAACAAAUUUUGUUGCGCAUUUUCAGGUUUUGGCCAGCCGCCUAUUAAUUGAGCCUGAAUACGCAUUACCAAUUACAUUAACUAUUUCAUACUAGAAAAUACAUGCAGCAGCCUCGCCUUUCGUAACAGAUGAAGUAUAAACACUCCACAUAAAGUAUGAAGACCAUCAUUAUAAACAAACAUAAAAACACAACUGAAGCGCUAGUUUAUUAAACGAUAACAUUCGCAGCAAUUUCAUGUAUACCAACUUGCGUUAAAAACAUUAUUUAUUGUGAAUUAUCGAGUUAAUGUAAAAACAUCAGAACAAUUAUUUAAUACAAAUUUUGUUUCACGGUUGAACAGCCUAGUACUAAUUCAUGAAACUGCAGGCUUAUUUCCAGUUAAAAUCGAAGAAAAAAAGUCGACCAGUUUUGUAAACUUUUUAACGAAAUUUAAAACAAUCACUUUUAUAUAGACUUAGUUGUACUCCCGCAUGCGCAUAACGUCGAAAACCGUCGAUGACAUAAACAAAUUGGAGGACAACUUUGAACUUCGCUUUCACACGGCGCUUCGCGCCUUUGGAUCGGGGAUGAAUUUUCAUUCCUGAUGAGUGAACAAUUGAUAUAUGAAACUCAUAUUUCAAGUUUGACUAUUAUGGACAACACGCGCUAGCUCAGGCGUUCACACGCACUGGCUAGCUCAACCGUUCAAAAUGGCAACUUGCGUGGUAGAUCAAGCGUGGUGAUAGGGUAGUGGUUGGAUUUCAAUCAUAAUAUAACAAGACGUCCGCACAGGCACACGCGUGAAUUUAUGCUGCUCGCAACUCAACCUGGCAUACCUUGCGCACUGACAGUAAGUGUCUUAUUGGUUAUAAAUCAAAUUGUCCUGUAUACGUGUCGGAUUUCAUAGUUUGAAAAACGAUUGCUUGCCGUUUGUACCGUUGUCUCUGGUCUAAAUUCAUUUAAGGUUUCUCUCUACACCUUUUUACAAAUGGAAGAUUUUGAUAUGGCAACAAAGGCGUUUCAAUGUAGCAGUAUUUUCGGUUUAAUGUAAUUUUACUAGAAAAUAAGGACGGUAACCCCAAUUUUUAUUUUAUAGCAUGAAUUGUUUUUUAUGUUAAAUCAUUUCGAUGAUUUAAAAAAAAUUUCUGUCAUGCCAAAAUUUUUCGAAAACGGAAAAUGUAAUAAUUCGUAACAAAUUUUUCUUUAUAUGUGAAUUUUUUUUUAAAUUAUAACAACAAUUCAACAUUUUUUUCUGUGUUGGUUUUAUGUCAUCCAUUAUCGUAUUCACCUGAAUACAUAACACCAACACGGAAAAAAUAAUCAUGCUUACUAGAUUGCAUUAUUGAUAUGGAAGGAACUAAACCUCAGUUCCGAAAUAUCACAUACUCGAAUCUACCUGACCGCGUAGCUCAGUUGGCAGAGCAUUGGGCUAGUAUUCCAAAGGUCAUAGCUUAAUCGAUUUCUACCGUGGCCAGGCAUAUUUUUCAAGCUCACCCGGUGUGGAUAUACACUCAGAGUAACAUCACAAUCAUCAACAACAAUUCAAAAUAUUAACGUAUUCUUUUUCUGAAAUGAGAGUUGGGGUAACCGACUAUAUUUUCAAAUGAAAUAACUUUAAACGCAAAAUAUCGGACAUUUUGAAGCGCUAGUGUUACCAUAGCAACGGCAGUUGCGAUUGCAUUUUCAAACCAGUCCAACUUUGUGGUAGUUAUCAUUUAUCGAAUUGGACUUUCUUUCUCCUUUAAAUAUAGGAAUUGUUGAAAUAUUGGAUCUAAAUCUGAGGUCUUCCAUUCUCAAGUAAACUGUAGGGAGCCACCUUCAAGGAAUAAGAAAUAUUUGAAUGACCUAAAUGUUGGCAAUUUUGUCCCCUUUGCCUUUUAGGCAGCAACAGGUGUAUGGAUCCCCUAGCGUUCCCCAGUUCCACAUCCCUGGAUGUCCAUCCAGUCCCUGGAUGAAAUCCAUUUUAAAUAAUAGCAUGUCAUAAAUUUGGGAACAAAACAACAUUUAUAGUAAUGUUACAAACGACGUUAGCGAUUGGUUUCAAAAAGUGAAAAAAAAUAAGAAAAAUGACCUGUUCCAGUCUAGAAACAAAAUUGAUUUCACUCUUGAAUCUAUUUAUAUCUUUUUCAAAAGUUUGGUAUGAAAGGAUACAGGAUAUCGUUUUCAUUUUUUUAGAAGUUGUGAAAGAUCUAACCAGAGAGAAUCCGGGGAAAAGCUGCAAAGACAUCAUGAGUACCAACAUUCCUAAGAGUGACUUGUACUGGAUUCAACCGGACGGCGAUUCUUCUCCUGUCCAAUCAUACUGUGACAUGAUUUUCCAGGAAGGUGGUUGGACCUUGGCUAGCUACGGACACGUCGCAACGACGGGCUAUGGUGUAUUUGAUGAUCGAAAUAAAAAUAUCCCCAAUAUGAACCAUCCUAGCGGCUACACCUGGCAUCCAAACAAACGUAAUAAUUCCCAAGGCGUUAUAGGACUUGAACACGGAGCAGUAAAUUUGGCUCGAGGUGCGAAAAAUAUGAUAAUGGCAGGUGGAGGGAAUCCGGUGUCAGGUGGUAUCAACGGGUACAGUUAUGUCUACUUCAUUGAUAUCAGUAACAAUUCAAACAAGAUCACGUUUGCAAACCACAACCGUUACCAUGGAGCUAUUGGAACCACCAAUAUUUCCAAGAUGCAUGUCGUUGAGUUCACGGUUAAAGCUCUGAAAGGUGAAACUGGAAGUGAAAAGAGAUACGCUUUGGCUGAAGCUCUGGGUGUCACUUGGGGUGACACCUACCCAACUGGUUACGGAUUUGCGCCAUCUAAUUCUCAGUAUGGAUCUUGGGACAGAGGUCCUUUUUUCCCCAGUGUUCAUACUGGAGAUAGACCAGCUGGGGGAUGUACAGCAGUUAAAUCCUAUCCACCAGACGUCGACAAAGGAUGUCCUAAUUAUGCCCAUUAUGGAUGGCAUUCUCUAUUUACCACCCAGAAGACUGGACAAACGUCAAUAUGGUUCAAAUAACUGUACAGUAUCAUUACUUACAUUAUCUUCUUGCACGUAACUUCUUGUUGUUUUAAAAUAGCAGGCUUAUUAAGUUGUUUAAGUUUCCUUUGUUAAAAAGGGUAUAGAAAACAAUAUAAAAGGGGCAUAAUUGUACAUUUUAAUAGUGUAUAUGGAUAUAAUAUAUAUAAAGGGAGUAAUGUAAACAGGGUAUAAUAGAAUAUGAAAAAAAGACGCGACAAUAAUAAUAGUCUCUCUAAUGGAAAGAGUCC